CCUUCCUUCUCCUGUCGGAGAUCGCCUGGCGCGCGGGCGCCGCGCCCCUCUCCUCAGCCCACCUUACGGGCACCGGUGCGAGUGAAGUCCUGGUUGUGGGACCUGCGGCUGGGCAGUUCAGAAAACAAGCCCAGAACAGCCAUCUCCGAUGUUUAAUCGGACAGAACCCCUGCUUUUAACUUGACUGGCCUUGCUGGUCGCCGACAUUUGUGGUAGCCCCAAAAGGGUAGCACUCAGAACUCACCCAGCAGAGAUUGAGGGAGGACCGCAAGGUAAUUUUUAGAUACUCUGCUUUCAAAUGUUUUGCCCCAAUCAGUACAUUACAUUGAUGAUAAGGAUUUCCCCUUCUCCCCCCAUUUUAGUAUUGGCGCAGUUUGGGUGUUCAGUUUUUGUGAGGAAUAAGGAAAUGCGGAAAGGGGACUUAGGGCUUGAGGAAGUGUGAUUUCUAAUGUUUAAGAAAUUUACAUGCACAAAUAAAAAUAAUUCACCCACGUGAUUGAGCCCCGAUCUCCUGGUCUAUACCAUUAUUACCCAGUUUUGAUUAGAGGAGACACAAUUCUCUUAUUCACUCAACAUAGGCGCUUUUGCUGCUGGAUAUUUACAGUUUUUACGAUAUUGAAUGUAUAUAUUCAGAGUUUUACUUAAUUACCUCAUUAUGGAACCUUUCCAUGUGUCCUGUGUAACCCCUCUUAAAAAAGUCUUCACGUGCCCAUCAUUGAGUUUAUAGCUUUUUCUUUCCUUGGAGUCAAUUCCCGGAAGGUGAAAUACUGAAUCAAAGUUAGGUAUUCCUUUGGCACUUCAUAUUAAUUGUUACUCAAACAAGGUAUGUUUACAAUAGGCAUUUCCUAUUGGCAAGGUAUGUUUACAAUAGGCAUCUGGAUACUUGACCCAUUCCUCUCGCAGUCAUGUGGAAUUCGUUGGGGUGUCAAAGUCAUUUUUUGUGGUGUUGGGAGACCGUCAUUGCAGCCUGCUAUUGUGUACAACUGUACUACAGAUCAGACUGAAGCUGAGGUCAUGUUUGGAGCUCAGAGCCAUGCAGCCUUGAGAGGAAUUUUGUUGUCAGAGAAUAAAAGGAGGUUGUCCAUAAUUGACUUUAAGCAGCAAACAGUAAAACACUGAGCUCUUCAGCUCCACCUUUCUUGCUCUGAGAAUUGGAAAACUAAGAAGGUUUUGAUGUUUUGUGUGGCGCCACCUGAAUUACAAAACAAGAUGAACGUCACCAAGGGAGGUCUGGUGUUGUUUUCAGCAAAUUCUAAUUUAUCAUGUAUGGAGCUUUCAAAGAAAAUUGCUGAGCGGCUGGGGGUGGAGAUGGGCAAAGUGCAGGUUUACCAGGAACCUAACAGAGAAACAAGAGUACAAAUCCAAGAGUCCGUGAGGGGAAAAGAUGUUUUCAUCAUCCAGACUAUUUCAAAGGAUGUCAACACCACCAUCAUGGAGCUCCUGAUUAUGGUAUAUGCAUGUAAGACCUCCUGUGCCAAGAGCAUCAUCGGGGUGAUUCCCUACUUUCCAUACAGCAAGCAGUGCAAGAUGAGAAAAAGAGGCUCCAUUGUUUCUAAAUUGCUAGCUUCAAUGAUGUGCAAAGCUGGUCUAACACAUCUUAUUACUAUGGAUUUACACCAGAAGGAAAUUCAGGGCUUCUUCAACAUUCCUGUUGAUAAUUUAAGAGCAUCUCCCUUCUUAUUACAGUAUAUUCAAGAAGAGAUCCCAGAUUACAGGAAUGCAGUAAUUGUGGCCAAAUCUCCAGCCUCAGCCAAGAGGGCACAGUCUUUUGCUGAGCGCCUGCGACUGGGCAUUGCAGUGAUUCACGGAGAAGCACAGGAUGCAGAGUCUGACUUGGUGGAUGGACGGCAUUCCCCGCCUAUGGUCAGGAGUGUAGCUGCCAUCCACCCUAGCCUGGAGAUCCCCAUGCUGAUUCCCAAAGAGAAGCCCCCAAUCACAGUUGUUGGUGAUGUGGGAGGAAGGAUCGCCAUCAUCGUAGAUGACAUUAUCGAUGAUGUUGACAGCUUUCUUGCUGCAGCAGAGACCCUGAAGGAAAGAGGUGCAUAUAAGAUCUUUGUGAUGGCGACUCAUGGCUUGUUAUCCUCAGACGCUCCCCGACUGAUUGAAGAAUCUGCCAUCGAUGAGGUGGUAGUUACCAAUACAAUUCCACAUGAAAUCCAGAAGCUCCAGUGCCCCAAGAUCAAAACUGUGGAUAUCAGCAUGAUCCUUUCAGAAGCCAUCCGCCGGAUUCACAAUGGGGAGUCCAUGUCCUACCUUUUCAGGAACAUAGGUUUAGAUGACUGAACAGCUUUGCUAUCUUAAAACUCCUGAGGGCCAAACUGGAUGAGAACUGUGAGGGUUCGUGCCUGAUUCGAUGUAUUUCACAGGAGCGUGUUUUGUUCUUUUCUUCUUGUUAAUUCCUAUAAAGAUAGACCAACUUUUUAUGUCGAUUUGGGUGUUUAUGAGUUUUCUGGGUAAUUUUUAUAAAAGAAGAACUAUAUUCUCUGCAUAAUUAAGUAAGACCCGGUUGUUUAUAGUUUAACUAUUUAAAAAAUAACUUGGAAUAAGGUUUUUAAGCUCACAGCAUUUUUCCAAAAUUGCUGGAGCCCCAGUACUUAAAAAAAUAAUAAAUGAAAUACUGUAUGAUACCUAUAAUUGAAAAAACAGAUUAUACUGUUGAAUCCAGUUAACACCCUUCUUGGAAAUGCUUUUAUAAGCAAGCUUAUGGAAUAUGUGAUCAUUAUUUAUUUUCUGCAACAAAAGAGGGAAUAAAAACUUAAUUUUGUGUGUGUUU